AUGGCUUUCCACACUCGCUCCAACAGCUUCACCUCAAGGCCACACCCGAUCGUUCAAGAAGUUGAUGAACAUUUGUGUAGAUUGAGAUCUUCUGACGCCACCUCCACAUCCUCCACAUCAAUCAGCCACAAACUAAUUGGCCUUCAAGACUUGCAUAGUUGUGUUGAUAGGUGGUUUCAGUUGCCCCUCACUCAACAAGCCUUGGCCCAAGAGCAGAAUGAGAAAUCGACUAAUGAGCUAUUAGAUGGUUCUCUCAGGCUCUUGGAUGUUUGUAGCAGUGCCAAGGAUAGGAAUGCCAAGGACAAUGAGACUAUUGCCGCCGUUAGCACGUUGAGAGAUAUCGAGGCAGUCACUCUCUCAGUGUUCGAAUCACUCCUGUCCUUCAUCUCUGGUCCAAAUUCAAGGCCAAGCAGCAGCUGGUUAUUGGUUGCCAAGAUUAUUCACACCAAAAGAGUAGCUUGUGAGGAAGAAACAGAAGCAAAUGAAUUUGCCCAAGUGGAUGCUGCUCUGCAAUCACUCAUUAAGACAAGCAAAUCUGACCACAAGAAUGCAGACAACCAGCUCGACAAUCUGGAGUCAUGCAUUCAAGAUCAGGAAGAACAACUUCACUGCCUAUUUAGGCAGUUGAUUAAAACAAGAGUCAUCUUCCUCAACAUCCUAAACCACUAG